GACUACAUUAAUCAUUAAAAAAAAAAAAAAAAAAAAAAGGCAGAAAAAUCAAAAUGAUGAAUCCUCAAGUAGCCAAACAGACCAAUCCCUACCAAACUCUGCUCCUACUGCCAAAGCCAUUAGUCCAUGGCAGCUGUAGCUGGAAUGGUUCAUUAAUUACAGUCCCGGCGGGUGCAAAAUCCUCCUCCUUCCCCAGAAAACAAAGUAGAAGAGUUGGCGUCAGCCCUAGCACCAUAAAAGCUAGCGCUGUUGUGACUCCUAUCUCUUACACCCAAAAGACCGUCAACGUUAAAGCUAUCCUGACCGUACAACGUACGUUGGGAGGUUUUUUGUCAAACAUUGGCUUUGAGGGAGUACUCGAUGAUUUUACAGAUCUGCUCAGCGGAUCUUUGCUCCUUGAGCUUGUUAGUGCUGAGCUUGAUCCAAAAACUGGACAAGAGAAGAGUAGGAUUAAGGGACACGCGCACAAAACCGACUGCGGUUGUAAGUUGGAGUUCGUGACGUACGAAACAAGCUUUAAAAUUCCAGCAGAUUUCGGAAGGGUUGGUGCAGUUGUAGUAGAGAACGAGCACCACAAGGAGAUGCUUCUCAAAGAUAUCGUGUUGGAUGGCUUCCCUGAAGGUCCCGUCAAUCUCAGCUGCAACUCUUGGCUGCACUCUAAAUGCGACGACCCUCGUAGUAGGGUCUUUUUUACCAACAAGUCGUACUUGCCAUCAGAGACACCAAGUGGAUUAAGGAGACUGAGAGAAGAAGAGCUGGUAAUAUUGAGAGGGAAUGGGAAAGGAGAGCGAAAGAAGUUUGAGAGGAUAUAUGAUUAUGAUGUAUACAACGAUCUUGGUGAUCCUGAUAGGAAUGCCGAUCUCAAAAGACCUAUCCUUGGUGGCAAAGACCAUCCCUAUCCAAGACGCUGUAGGACUGGCCGACGACAUUGCGCAACUGAUCGAUUUUCGGAGUCGAAGAGUAAUGAUCGUUAUUAUGUGCCACGGGAUGAAGCAUUCUCGGAAGCAAAGGAGAUAACAUUUACAGCAAAGAAGUUGUAUUCAGCACUGCAUUCAUUGGUGCCUAGAUUGGAGGCUUUAAAUGACAAGGACCUUGAAUUCCCAUACUUCACAGCCAUUGAUUCCCUGUUUGACGAAGGCGUUAAUCUGCCUCCUGUUAAGGGAGAUAGCUGUCUCAAGAAUAUCCUCCCUUGGCUAAUCAAGGCUAUAGAAGACAGCGAUGACAUUUUGCAAUUCGAAACCCCUGAGACCAUGGACAGGGACAAGUUCUUUUGGUUACGGGAUGCCGAAUUUGCCAGGCAAACUCUCGCCGGUCUCAAUCCUUGCUCCAUCCAGUUAGUCACCAAAUGGCGAUUGAAGAGUGAAUUGGACCAAGAGAUCUACGGCUGUCCUGAAUCAGCAAUGACUACUGAAAUGAUAGAGAAAGAGAUCGGAGGCUUUGUGACCGUUAAAGAGGCAAUAAAGCAAAAGAAGCUAUUUAUAUUGGAUUACCAUGAUCUGCUAUUACCAUAUGUGAGCAAAGUAAGAAAGCUCAAAGGCACAACACUGUACGGAUCUCGGACUCUGUUUUUCCUAGACCCAGAUGACACAUUGAGGCCCCUGGCCAUCGAGCUCACUCGCCCUAAAAUUGGGGAAAAGCCUCAGUGGAGGCAAGUUUUCACACCCAGUUCGCAGGCCACAGACAGCUGGGAAUGGAGACUUGCCAAAGCACAUGUCCUCGCCCAUGAUUCUGGUUAUCACCAACUCGUUAGUCACUGGCUAAGGACACAUUGCGUCACAGAGCCCUACAUAAUUGCCACCAAUCGGCAACUCAGCGUGAUGCACCCAAUCUAUAGACUUUUGCACCCCCAUUUCAGAUACACGAUGGAGAUUAAUGCUCUUGCUCGCUCAAGUCUAAUCAACGCCGAUGGCGUUAUCGAAGCCUCAUUCUCCCCUGGCAAAUACGCCAUGGAGCUCAGCUCUGUUGCCUAUGACAAGCAGUGGCGGUUCGAUCUCCAAGCCUUGCCAGCUGACCUUAUUAGCAGGGGAAUGGCUGUGGAAGACCCAACUGCUCCACACGGUCUAAAGCUGACAAUUGAAGACUACCCUUUUGCCAACGACGGUCUGGUCCUAUGGGAUUCCAUCAAACAAUGGGUCUCCGACUACGUCAACCACUACUACUCCGACGCCGCCCAAAUCCAGUCUGACGAAGAGCUUCAAGCAUGGUGGACGGAAAUUGUAACGGUGGGUCACGCGGACAAGAAGGGCGAGCCGUGGUGGCCGGAGCUGAACACCCCUCAGGACCUGAUAGACAUCAUCACCAUCAUCGUUUGGGUGGCGUCGGGUCACCACGCGGCCGUGAACUUCGGACAGUACCUAUACGCAGGGUAUUUCCCAAAUAGGCCGACGAUUGCGAGGACCAACGUGCCAACAGAGGAUCACACGGAGGAAUCGUGGAACGAGUUCUUGAAGAGACCCGAAGGAGCUCUUCUGAAGUGCUUCCCGUCGCAGGUUCAAGCGACGACAGUGAUGGUGACUUUGGAUAUAUUAUCCUAUCAUUCGCCCGAUGAGGAGUAUCUUGGGAAGAAGUCUGAGGCUGCUUGGGAUGAAGAUCCUGUCAUAAAGGCCGCCUUCGAACGCUUCAGUGGUCGGUUGAUGUUGUUAGAAGGGAUUAUUGACGGUAGGAAUGCUGACGCGAAGCAUUUCAAGAACAGAACCGGAGCUGGUGUUGUUCCUUAUGAGCUUUUGAAGCCCUUUUCUGAGGAUGGAGUCACUGGCAAAGGCGUUCCCUAUAGCAUCUCCAUUUGAAAUUAUUUCUUUCAAAUUCUAUAUUGCUCUCCGCUUCUGCACCCUUAAUUUCUCUUGUUCACUUUCACCCUACUACUUUGUUCUCAUCUAAUAAAAUACUCAAUUUUCUACCUACAA